UCUGCUCCAAAGGCUCAAGUACCUCUCUUACUCUGUGAGCUUCUCUGUCGUUUGUCCUUUGAAUCGUUUCCAGUCUCUACCACCAUUUCUGGUCUCUCCAGUCUCCACACGCACAUUGGGACGAAAUCGCUUCGAUCUGAAAUCUGAAUCCUCAAAUCCAAGCUUCAAGAACAAUCUUGUGUUUGAGACGUCUGGAUUCUAUUGAGAUGAUGCAAGGAAUUCACUUGAUGGAUGGAUCUGCUACAGUGAUUUUGGAAAUUCCAUAUUUUCUUCCUCUCCAGUCUAAGUGAGGUUGUAAUUUCUAGAAAGCUUGUAAUGGCAGUCACGGAUGCUCAGAAUCCAGUUAUUGGAGAAACAACUUGUGGUUCUCUGCUGCAUCAGUUGCAGGCAAUCCAUUUUAAACCUUCGAACCCUUCAAUUUUUCUUCCAAAUGCAAAUAUGGGAUGAGGUUGGUGAGAGCGACGAGGAACGUGAUAAGAUGCUACUUCAGCUAGAGCAGGAAUGCUUAGAUGUUUACAAGAGGAAAGUUGACCAGGCUGCAAAAUCAAGGGCACAUCUUCUCCAUGCUUUGGCUGAUGCCAAAUCUGAACUCUCAAGGCUUCUCUCAGCUUUGGGAGAGAAAAAUUUUGUUGGAGUACCUGAGAAGACAAUGGGAACAAUUAAGGAACAACUUGCUGCGAUUGAUCCAGUAUUGGAACAACUAUGGAGGCAGAAAGAGGAGAGAAUAAAGGAAUUUUCUGAUGUACAAUCACAGAUACAGAAGAUAUGUGCAGAGAUUGCUGGAAAUUUGAAACUUAAUGAGCAGGGAGGGACUCCUACAGUUGAUGAAGCUGACCUGUCUUUGAAGAAGUUAGAUGAAUUUCAUGUUCAACUUCAAGAACUUCAGAAAGAAAAGAGUGAGAGGCUACACAAGGUUCUUGAUUUUGUAAGCACUGUGCAUGAUCUUUGUGCCGUCUUAGGGAUGGAUUUUUUUAGUACCAUUACUGAAGUUCACCCAAGCUUAAAUGACUCUGUUGGUGUGCAAUCCAAGAGCAUUAGUAAUGACACUCUAUCCAGGCUGGCUAAGACUGUACUAGCCCUAAAAGAAGAUAAGAAACAGAGGCUGCAAAAGCUUCAAGAGCUAGCAGUACAACUAAUUGAUCUAUGGAACCUAAUGGAUACUCCAGCUGAUGAGCGGAGUUUAUUUGAUCAUGUUACAUGUAACAUCUCGUCUUCGGUGGAUGAGGUCACUGUCCCUGGGGCCCUUGCUCUUGACCUGAUUGAGCAGGCUGAAGUGGAAGUUGAAAGGCUUGAUCAGCUAAAGGCCAGUAGGAUGAAGGAGAUAGCUCUCAAAAAACAAGCUGAGCUUGAAGAGAUAUAUGCCAGAGUCCACAUAGAAAUAGAUUCAGAGGCAGCACGAGAAAAGAUCAUGUUCCUGAUUGAUUCUGGGAAUAUAGAGCCCUCGGAAUUAUUGGCUGACAUGGAUAAUCAGAUUGUAAAAGCAAAAGAAGAGGCCCUCAGCAGAAAAGACAUAUUGGACAAAGUCGAAAAAUGGAUGUCAGCUUGUGAAGAAGAGAGUUGGCUUGAAGACUAUAAUCGGGAUGAGAACAGGUAUAACUCAAGCAGAGGGGCACACUUAAAUCUCAAACGUGCCGAAAAAGCUCGCAUUCUGGUCAAUAAAAUUCCAGGUCUGGUUGAAUCCUUGGUGGCCAAGACUCGGGCAUGGGAGGAGGAUCGUGGUAUGUCAUUUACUUAUGACGGUGUACCUCUCCUUGCCAUGCUGGAUGAAUAUGCCAUGCUUAGGCAAGACAGGGAAGAAGAGAAGCGUAGAAUGAGGGGCCAGAAAAAGUUCCAUGAGCAACUGAACACAGAACAGGAAGCCAUGUUUGGUUCAAGGCCGAGCCCCAGCCCUGGUAGACCAUCACUUGGUUCAAAGAAGGUGGUCGGUCCACGCACCAAUGGAGGUGCAAAUGGUACUCCUAGCCGACGAUUAUCAAUGAGUGCGCAUCAAAACGGAGUCAAGUCCACAACCAAAGAUGGGAAGAGAGAUACUCACCGGCCUGUGGCUCCUUUAAACUAUGUUGCGAUAUCAAAGGAGGAUGCGGCCUCACAUGUGUCGGGCACAGACACUAUUCCGGCUUCACCAUGAUAGAGUUAAGCUUAGAUGAGGCUUUUGUAGGUCAAUUAUCUGUGUGAUAGUACUGAGUGUAGUUUUUUCUUGUUUUUUAGUUGUCCACUUAGGGGAUGUGUCCUUAAAUCGUGAUCAUCAGACUGGUCAAGCUGUAUGAUGUGAUAAUGGCAGGCACUAGAUAUGCGUUUUUCCUUGUUCUUUCA